AUGGCUUCCAGUACAGAACCCACCGCCCCGAACGAGGCACAGUUGUUAGACUCGGCCCGCUUCCAAACAAACAAUACAAUGUCCCCCAAACCGCAGCCAAAACAACAACUCUCCAAGGCAAUGGAACACAUGCGCUUUGCCGUCACCGUCGACCCAAUCCCACAUACCCCAACCUCAAUCUCACGACCACCACCGCCACCACAAGAACAAGCCCAAACACAAUUCACUCCCGACCCCACUAUUCCCACCGAAAACGACGCCUACGGAGUCCCUGCCUCCAUCGCCCCCGUCCGCGCCCCGCCCUCGCGCUCCCACGACCCCGCCAACAACCAAAAACGGAGCGACCCGUUCUCCUUUGGCAGCCGCUACCUCGAAGAAGGCGACAACAUCUUUGAAUUCAACGCCUGGGACCACGUCACCGUCGACUCGACCUAUCAGGCCUUUUCCCAGCAACAAUACGCCGCCCAGCGGCUCGACCCCGUCUCCGACUUUGACCGCAAGCGGUACAUGGAGCGGCCGGAGAAAUGGUGGAACCAAUUCUACAAGAACAACAAGAGCAACUUCUUCAAGAACCGCAAGUGGCUCAGCCAGGAAUUCCCCGUCCUCGCCGAUCUCGGCCACCCAGACGCGCCAGCCGCUGUCGUCCUCGAAGUCGGCGCCGGGGCAGGAAACUCUGCAUUUCCCAUUCUGCAGAACAGUCGGAACCCACGGCUCAAGAUCCACGCCUGCGACUUCAGCAGCAAGGCCGUCGACUUAAUUCGCGCCAACCCCCUCUACGACGAAACUUGUAUUCGCGCAGACGUCUGGGACGUCGCCUCGCCCCCCUCGGCCGCAAACACGGGACUCCCCCCGGGCCUCGCCGAAGCAAGCGUCGACGUCGUGCUCAUGAUUUUCAUCUUCAGCGCCCUCGCACCCACGCAAUGGCACCAAGCCCUCUGCAACAUCUGGCGCGUGCUCAAGCCCGGCGGACAGGUCCUGUUUCGCGACUAUGGCCGCGGCGAUCUCGCCCAGGUCCGGUUUAAAAAGGGCCGCUAUCUCGAGGAGAAUUUCUAUGUCCGGGGGGAUGGCACAAGGGUUUAUUUUUUUGAGCAGGACGAGUUGAGGGGGAUUUGGGAGGGUGCAACGAGUGCGGUGGAUGGGGAGCGUGCGACUGCUGGAGAGAGUGCGGUGGAUGUGACUGGUGGACGCAUGCUCGUCAACCGCCAGCGCAGACUGAAAAUGUACCGCUGUUGGCUGCAGGCCGUGUUUCGCAAGCCUGGGGGAGAGAGUCGGGUUGCGACGAGUAGGUUGGGGGGUGGAGGGGGAGAUGGGAAAGGAGAGGAGGGGGAUGUGGAGGAGGGGAAGGGACAUAUGGAGGGGGAGGAGAAGGGAGACGGUGAUGAAAAGGGCAAACGCAAAGGCGAGAGUGAGGAGCGCAGGCAAAGCGAAAGCAAUGGCAAAAGUCAAGCCGAUGCGCAAGAGCAAGACAAUGGCAAACAAGAAGUUAUACAAAGUUGA